AUGGCGGUGCUUGCUCCGCUGCUGGCCCUGAUCUACUCCGUGCCUGGAAUCUGCCGGUGGCUGGCGCAGCCCUACUACCCGCUGUCGCUUCUGCUCUCGGCUGCCUUCCUGCUGGUGCGGAAGGUGCCGCCGUUAUGCCACGGGCUGCCCACCCAGCGCGAGGACGGGAACCCCUGUGACUUCGACUGGCGCGAGGUGGAGAUUCUUAUGUUCCUCAGUGCCAUUGUGAUGAUGAAGAACCGCAGAUCCAUUACUGUGGACCAGCAUGUGGGAAACAUCUUCAUGUUCAGCAAAGUAGCCAAUGUCAUCCUUUUCUUCCGCCUUGACAUCAGAAUGGGACUGCUCUACCUCACCCUCUGUAUAGUGUUCCUGAUGACCUGCAAGCCACCUCUGUACCUGGGUCCUGAAUACAUCAAAUAUUUCAGUGAUAAAACAAUAGAUGAGGAACUGGAACGGGACAAGCGGGUAACCUGGAUUGUGGAAUUUUUUGCUAAUUGGUCCAAUGAGUGCCAGUCAUUUGCUCCCAUCUAUGCAGACUUGUCUCUCAAAUACAACUGCACCGGAUUGAACUUUGGGAAGGUGGAUGUGGGCCGCUACCCUGAUGUGAGCACCAGGUACAAAGUCAGUACCUCUCCUCUCACUAAGCAGUUGCCCACACUAAUCCUUUUCCAAGGAGGGAAGGAGGUGAUGCGCCGGCCACAGAUUGAUAAAAAGGGACGAGCAGUCUCAUGGAAUUUUUCGGAGGAGAAUGUGAUUCGGGAAUUCAACUUGAACGAGCUGUACCAGAGAGCCAAGAAAGUGUCUAAGCAGCCUGAGGUCCCAGAGGAGUCUCCAGAGCAGCCUGCUGCCCCUGGGGUCCCCAACGGAGAGAGCAAGAAGGACAAAUAGAGCCCAGAGGACUGGACUGUGUUCCUUUACUGUUUAGCUCCCCAUUCCUCUUCCAUUGCCAUUCUGAUCUCUCUCCUGGGAAAUCAGCCACAAGCUGCUUUCGCCCACAACGCUGGUGCUGGGAGAUGAUUGUACAUGCCAGGGAGCUUCUAUCUUCUGAGUGUAGUUGCCAGGGAGCUUCUAUCCUCCUGGGCUCAGUGCCUCUCUGCCGGCAACUACACAUUUCUUUGGGACUUCCCCCAUGCCCUGAUCCUCCUUCCAGGGGUUGCUAGGUGUAGUUUCAGCAAGAUAAGAUGUGGCCCCAACUCUAUGGAAGCUAGAACCUGUUUCUGCAUCUAGAUGUGGGGCUGCAGGCUUCUCUGGCAAUGAAUAAGAGCUACUGGGGGGGAGCAAUAACUCAGUGGACACUGUAAAUGGGCAGGAUGAGAGGAAUCGCCACUUCCGGUGGAAUUGACUCCCUCCUGUCAAAGCUGCGACACCUCACUCCUGUUUGAAUUGGUUUUAUGCAGGGUCGUAUCUCUGGCUGAGAAGCUACAGGUAUCAUUGACCAGUUUUGACUACUUGCUACCCACUGCCCUCUACUGUACUGACAGCAGAACUUAACGUGGUCUCUUCCCAUAUGUUUUGGGCUUUAAAAGCCGAUGGGUGGACGCACAAUGUUUCUUUGCUGAACUUGAAAGUGCUGCUGUGCCAGAGAGUAAGCAGCAGCCAUGCAGUCCUUAAGGAUUCCCUGUUCUCUGCAUCAUCAUCGUCGUCAUCAGCUGCUUGCGUGGUGUAAUAUGCUGAGGGUGUGCAGUAAGAAGGGGGUCCCUCCUGCCCCCAAACUGGAAGAGUAGCUGCUUCUGCCGCCCAGAGUCAUAAUUGACAGGGUUCUUAUAGCUGCUAACUCCAUUUCCAACCCAGGGAGCUUGUUAGCGGAUAGGAACAAACUCCACUUCACUGUACCCAUCCACCUUCACACUUCUGUUAAUUGUCUUAUACGGCUAUCUCUAAUAAACAAACUUGGAAAUGUC